AUGUGUGAUACUCCGUUCAAAACCCCUCGGUUGCCGCGUCAGGCUCCAAAAUCAACGAACUCUGAUAGUGAAGAAAGUACCACAUCAGAUUCAGCAUCUACCAGAUCGAGCGUAGACCUCACCAUUGUUGCUUUAUACGACGAUUUCAAGCGCUUAAUAGACCAGAAACUAGAAGACAAUGAACGUUUACGGGAUAGCUUCCACAACUUUGCAGAAGAAACAAAACUUAUGUAUCUACAAUGGAAACAAGCACUCGCAGAGUGUCACAGGCUUGGAGCCAUCCUGGAAGAGAAAAUAGUUGAAAAUAGUGAUAUGAAGAAGAGUUUAUUUGUUGCAAGAACAAUGAUGGAUGAAGAAAAAAAGAAACGAAGAUGUAUCCAAGCUGAGCGAGAUAAUUUUCAGGUACAGAUAGCCAGGUUCUGCAAUGAACUUGUCAAAGACCACAGAAAUAAGCUAGCAGAUGAAACUAAGGAGCAGAUGAGACACCUGAAUUCAGGUAGAAUGAGUUUCUGUGACCCGGACAGGUUAACUGCAAUCAAAGAAAUCAACUCUACAGGAUCUGUCCUCUCAGACUUCAGCUUUUCACGGUCAGAAGAUGAUUUAGAUUCCUCAAUAUGCACUGGUAAAAAAUCUGUCAGAGAAUGGACUAAACGCCAGCCUGUGCCAGAUAAAAAUGUUGAGCCUGCUACAAAGAAAAGAAGGUCAUCUACCAACAAAGUCAUUGAAAUUGGCACUUCAGAGACUGUUCGAGCUACUACUACCUUGAUGGUGACCAAAGAUGGGCCAAUUACUGCUACUUCAGUUAUUGAAUCUGUACCUAUGACUGAAAAUGAAGGUGCAAUUGCUCCAUCAGAAUUAGUGUUUGAAUCUUGGAAUCGUGAAGGGGCAAAAUUCUUCACUCCAACAACUGAAAAACAAUCCAACUUGAGGCAGCAUUUCUACCAGCAAAAAACAGUAGUUAUGCCAGAAUCCUGCCAAGCUUGUGAGAAAAAGAUUGGUUUCAGCCGUACUGCUCUGAAAUGUCGUGAAUGCAAGGCACUAUGCCAUCUUGAUUGCAGGAACUUGAUGCCCCUACCUUGUGUGCCUAUCAUGAAUACUCCUGGUUCUAAGAAAUUCACUGGGACUAUAGCUGAUUAUACUCCUACAAGUCCACCAUUGGUGCCUUCUCUGAUUGUACACUGUGUCAAUGAGAUUGAACAGAGAGGGCUAGAGGAAUUGGGGGUAUACAGAGUGCCAGGCUCAGAAAAAGAUGUUAAAGGCCUGAAAGAGAAAUUCGUGUCGGGUCGCUCGACCCCCAGCCUCAAGGACGUCGACGUCCACGUGAUCUGCGGCUGCGUCAAGGACUUCCUGCGCUCGCUCAAGGAGCCCUUGACCACCUACGCCCUGUGGCAUGACUUCGUGCAGGCGGCCCGCGCUAAGCAUGCGCAGGACGUCGAGCCCAUUCUGUACGAAACGGUGGCGAAGUUGCCAAGGCCCAACAGGGAUACGUUGGCCUUCGUGAUACUGCAUUUGCAGAAGGUGGCGCAGGCUGUCGAGUGCAAGAUGCCGAAGGAGAAUCUGGCGAAGGUGUUCGGCCCUACCGUCGUGGGGUAUUCGUCUGAGGAUCCGGAUCCAAACAGGGUGUUCCAAGAGACUAGGGACAUCGUCAAAGUCAUGGAGUGUCUGCUGGACCUACCCUCGGACUACUGGUCCAGAUUCGUGAACGUCACCUCGAAGCCGACUGUGGUCAAGCUGCAGCAAACGCCCAGUACUGAUUCACUGUUGCGGCCGACGGCCAACAGGUUCUUCACGCCGGGCGGUAGGGGCGAGCUGGGCAAGUGGAAGAGGCGGAAGGAGGGCAGGAUGUUCGCCACCCCGCCCAGUUACAGAACGUAGGUUGUGUAUGGAUAUAUGGAGGGUUCGUUUUAUGUAUGGUUGUUUUUAGCUUCAAUAAGAGUGUAUUUUGAUGA